AUGUUAACCUGGAGCACCUCAGCCACCACCACAACCAAACCAAAUGCCUUCCGCUCAACACAGACUAAAGUGGCGGAGGAAUUUUUACAAACGUGGGACAACGCUGUUUAUGAAGGAAAGACGAUUGGAGGUAAAAACUCAUCAAUUGAUAAAUCAAAAAUUCGUCAUUUCCUCUUUUUCAGAUACCGAUUUAGACAAAGAAGCAGAAUUGUGGCGACAAAAGUUUGCGCAUUUGAGAAUUAUCGGAGUAAACUGCGGCCCCUCCGGACACAAAGUGACGGUAUGUUUGAAUGCAUCGCCGGAGGAUUAUUAAUGUUUUUUCAUAGAUCCCCUCGACACAAAAGGCAAUCCAGUCAAAAAGCGCAAUCACAUGGCGAGAGAAGAACCGAGAGUUGUCCCUUCCGAGAAUUGACAAAUUUCAGAAGAAGUGA